UCUGGGCACUCAAAGCAUUUCUGAUGUUGGAAACCAGGUCUUGACAUUGAAGAACUGAUUUUCAGUGCUUAGAUGGUAAGAGCUGUUGUCCACUCGCUUUGCACCAUGAACCUGUGAGUGCACAGAAAGCUUCCCAGUUUAUGCAAACUUUAUUAUCUCGAAAGCUUUGCUUGGAAAGUAGAAGUGGGCGAUAUUUAGUGCAGCGUAACUGCAAAACAAUGCAGGUCGUGCAACGAAGGCUCGACGGAAGCACGGAUUUUAAGAGAAGUUGGGCCGACUACAAGCACGGAUUUGGCAACACAGCAGGAGAAUUCUGGCUAGGAAACAACCAUAUCCAUCAUUUGACAUCUCAGAGGCUAUACCAAGUCAAGGUGGAGCUAGAAGACUUUGAUGGACAGCAUGCACAUGCCCAGUAUGCUUACUUUGCAGUUGGAAGCGAACGUGAAAAGUUUGCACUCAAGCUACUUGGUAAAUACGAAGGUGGGGAUGCAGGGGAUGGCCUGAGCACACACGCUGGUAUGGCGUUCUCCACAUGGGAUGUCGACAACGACCAGUGGGGUGAUGGCAGCUGUGCCAGAGAUCACCAGGGAGCAUGGUGGUACAACCAAUGUGGCAGCAGCAGCCUUAACGGGGACUACCUCCAGGUAACAAUCCUAAGCUAAUUUAAUUUAUGCUGAACCAUUUUAUGUUCUGGCUUACAAAGCAUGCAACUAUAUUCCUGUG